CUCUUAUAACCCAGAAAGAAUUCUCUCUCGUCUCCUCCUCCCCUCCACUGCUCUCCCCCUCCGACCUUUCUCUCGGUCCGUCGUUUCCUCCCCUCCUCUCGCUCGGCCUCCGCCCUGUGAAGUUACCGUCCUGCCCCCGGUGGGCCCCACGGCCAUCAAUCUCCUGGAGAUUUUUUUCCCCCUCUCCGAUUUGUUUUCCUUUCUUGAGGAAACUGUUUCUUUCUUUUCCUUUGCCUCCUCCACAUACACACAUACAUACAUAUCCCGUCGGAAACCGCUUUUCGACGGCUCCCCUCGGCUGGCGCUGCUGACGUGGCGGGGGUCCGGGCCGUCGAUAUGUCGCUGAGCGAGAAGCUGGAAGCGGCGCGUAUCGCACUGGGCAAGCGCAAGGAGCGGGAGCUGCAGCAGCUGGGCCCCGCCCCGGCCCCGGCCCCAACUAAAGCCGCCGAGCUGUCCGCCAAGCCGGCUCGGGCCGGCAACAACAACAACAACAAGCUGCUGGCCGGGAACCUGGCCCACGAGUUCCUGACCCACGGCACGCUCCUGGGCCGCCGGAUCGAGCCGAGCCACCACCACCACCCUCCCGCCCCCGCGGCCCCGCGGCCCGAGCCCGAGCCGAAGAGGAGGUACGCCGAGCUGUCCUGGCUGCUGAUGACCAACGGGGCCCACAUCCCCGGCGUCGUCAACCCCACGCAGCUCGGCCGCUGGCUGCAGAUAAAGGAGUGACGCCGCCGUCCACCCCCCCACCGCCACCGCCACCAAGGAGGAGGAGGAGGAACAACGGCAGCAGCACAUCAAGACAAAGCGGUUUCGUCGCUCGCCUCGCCUCCCACCCCACCCAUCCCCUCCCUUCCCCUCCCGUCGCCUUCUUUCCUAGAUCUAGCGAGAAAAACCUGCUGUUGUUGCUGCUCUUGUACUUAGCGCUAUCCGGUCGAUGCAUUGGCACUGCUAGCGAGCCUUUAAUUCCCUCCAUUACUAGUACUUCUACUCC